AACACCACAAGCCUUAUCCAACACUCGGCGCUCUACUCCACCAUCCAUCAAAAACAACGACAGUGUGGUGGAACUUCAUCUGUCACACAUACUCGUGAGAUUGAGGUUCUGUGCGGAUCUGCGUGAGCUCUGUCCACUGUCCCAUGCCCUCUGCGUGGCGGGGAGAUAGUUGUGGAGCCGAAGAGGUAACCAGCCAGCAGUCCUGUUAAACAUGGAGGAUGAAGAGGUCGCAGAGAGCUGGGAAGAGGCAGCGGACAGCGGGGAAAUAGAGAGACGGCUUGAGGCUAAACUGAAAAUAAAUCAGGAGGCAAAGAAGUUCAGCUUGGGUUCAGGUGGCUCACCUGUUAAAACUGCUAUUGUAAUCCAGGAUGACUCUCUGCCUGCAGCACCCCCACCACAAAUUAGAAUUUUAAAACGUCCGUCAAAUAACGGUACCGCAGGAAACCUUGCAUCCUCAAAUCGUCCCUCUCAGCAGAUGAAGUCUUUGGCCCAGCGGGAGGCAGAGUACGCAGAAGCCCGCAGAAGGAUCUUGGGUAGUGCUUCUUCAGAUGAUACGCCUCAGGACAAUCCUUCCCAGGACAGGGCAGCACGUAUGAGUGUGCAGCAACCAGUGGAACCAGUUCGUCCAAACAACCAUGUGAUCCGCCAGCCCACUGGGCCAGAUGGCACCUCAGGCUUCAGACUCUGCAGAUAAAGAGGAGCUACCGGCUGCAAGGAAUCAGCUGUCUCCCUUAGAGGGCAUAAAGGGUGGCAGUUCAAGGGUGUGGUAUGAAGAGCAGAGUGGUGGGAUGACACCAAAUUCGACAGACAUUAGAAAUAUGAAGACACAGCAUGGAUUGAAAUGAACUCCUCCACCCUCUCUACUCUGCUUUCUGGCAUGGUCUUUGCGUUUCACCACCUUCUGUGGAAUGUGCAAGGGGAUGGCAGAGAUCAGCCAAAGAUCUGAAACCCCUUCUGUUCCACACUGUGAACAGGCUUUUGCCUCACAUCCCUACACACUGUGAUACUCUGAUGUUCCAUGAGGUGCCCUGUGAUUUACAUAUGAUUGGCUGGCCGAGUGCAUCAGGUACCUGUCUUUUCAGGGCGAAUAAGGGCAGCUCGGGAAUCUGUGGGAAUUCCCCUGAGAGGUACAAGCAAAGGAGCUGGCCUUUCCACUGAUGGAGCGUGGCUCAUGGCUGGGUGUCCACCGGGUCGCUGGCCUCAGUUUUUUGGGGUUCUGUGGAAAUUAAAUGUUUGACAGUGCUAGGAGUUUACUGUGUUUUCAGCAGCUUGAGUGAAAGUUGAGUAAAAGUGCACUGUGCUUAAAAGUGCGUUUUUAUACCGUAGUUGCAUAGCAAUGUUAGAGGCCCAAACCAGUAUUUUCCACAGUCCACAGGCCUCUGUUUGGCUCUGGUGGCUAUUAAAGAAAUGCCCGGUGGGCACGCAGCCUUUGGCCAAAGAUUACAGAUCAGAAGGUCGGAAUGUCACUCAAUCUAAGUUUAUUCAAGCAAUAAAGAUGAAGUCACUCCCUGGAUUAUUUUUUACAUAUUGCCUAUUUACCUGUGAUGUGUUCUCAAAUUAUGUUUUGUUUUAAACCGCUGACAAUGUUUCUUCAUGUUUGUGUUUUUUCCCGAGAAAUAGUAUGUUUAAGUCAAGAGGUCAGUAGUGUAUCAGAGAUUAGAUGAUGUAGCCUACAUACAAAACUGUAUUGGUAGUCAUUUUUUAUUUCAUCAAAGUGGAUAAAUAGCAGACCUAUUCAUUAAUUGAAAAUCUUAAGUUAUCAUGCAUAUAUGUUCCUGUGUUUUUUCCUUUUCUGUUUCACAACGGAAGUGCUAAAUUGGAACUUAUUUUACAGCCAAUUGUGCUGCAUCUGUUUAGAAAAGAGGGCUUUGAUCUGUUUUUGCACCAGUUGAAGUAUGUUGAAGGUUAUGGUUUGGUCUUCAGAAAUAACUAUUUGAUGCUCAGCUUGGGGGAUAACGUAGUUACAUGACAACUGUGUUAAUUUGGAAGAGUCCGUGAAAUUUCUUUCGAAAACUACAAAAAUGAUCACAAAGAUAUUAGAUAUUAGAACGCUCAUUUUUAAAUCAGUGUCCUUUAGAAUGAAGCCAAAUUCCACUGCCUGGUUUUGAUGAAUGUUUUUCAUGUGGUGUUUUUGACGCAAAGGGAUUUUACACCAUUGUUUGCCGCCGAUUAAAAAUAAAACUUUGCAAACCAUGAAAUCAAUAAUCUCAUCAAAUGCUGAUACCAGUGCUGAUAAUUACUGCAAUCAUUUUUGAGCCCUUUGACACUUGUAUGCCUUAAAUGACAAAUGAUCCCUGGUUACAUGUGUUCACUUUCCAAUGGGUAGUGCUUGUUAGUCUUAAGCUUUUUGUGCACUUGUGAUAGUUUUAUUAUUUUCCUUGAUACAUCCUGUCAUUGAGGUACAGUUACUAGCUGCAAGAGUGUCGCAAUCGAAAAAGGUGCAAAAAUGCUUUUAUUACAGACACGUUCAUGACUGCUAAGACCAUAAUUUAUCCAAAUAAUUUCCAGGUACACAUUAAUUGGAAAUAUUCAAAAGAAAAGAAUACAUUUAAACUAUUAUAAAUUAAACAACUUGCCUCUACACAGCAGUAAACUUAUAAAUAUGGCUGAUGCAUUUGUGCCACUUAUUCCCACCUCACUCGCUAAAAAGGAAAAGGACCUUUUAGGGUCAGAGGCGUGGACAUUCACUAAUGUCUGGGAAUUGAAGUUUCCUUUUGUUGUUUGUUGACAGCAAUAUAAGUUUUCCAUUG